UCUCUCUCUCUCUCUCUCUCUCUGUCUGCCUGUCUGUCUGCCUGUCUGUCUCCCCGCUGUGGGCCGGGUCAUGAGACUCCAGUGCUGUCUCUCCUUCAGAAACCUCUCCGCUGUCUCUCUCUCCUCAGCACCGUGGAGGCGCGCGGCUGCAGCAGCUCUCGGUAACCGGAGACACGUGUGUCGGUUCGGUCAGUCCGCCGCGAGCAUGGCCGAGGAGGCGAAGAAGCUGGCUGCGUACGCCGCCGUGGACAACCACGUCCAGAACAACCAGGUGGUUGGAGUGGGCAGCGGGUCGACCAUCGUGUAUGCUGUAGACAGAUUAGCUGAGAGAGUGCGUCAGGAGAAACUCAACAUUGUGUGUGUGCCCACCUCCUUCCAGGCCCGUCAGCUGAUCCUGCAGCACAGCCUCACGCUGUCGGAUCUGGACAGGCACCCGGAGCUGGAUGUGGCGAUUGACGGAGCGGACGAGGUGGACGCAGCUCUCACGCUGAUAAAAGGCGGAGGCGGCUGCCUGACUCAGGAGAAGAUUGUAGCCGGCUGUGCGAAGCAUUUUGUUGUCAUUGCCGACUACAGGAAGGACUCCAAGGCUCUGGGCCAGCAGUGGAAGAAGGGAGUUCCUAUUGAGGUGAUCCCCAUGGCGUACGUUCCCGUCUCCAGGACGAUCGCCAGGCGCUUUGGAGGGGAGGCCAACUUACGGAUGGCUGUCAGUAAAGCCGGUCCUGUGGUCACCGACAACAGCAACUUCAUUCUGGACUGGAAGUUUGAGCAAGCUCAGAACUGGAAAGAAGUCAACACUGCAAUCAAGAUGAUUCCAGGUGUGGUGGAGACGGGGCUUUUUGUCGGCAUGGCUGAGCGCGCCUACUUCGGCAUGGAGGAUGGAAGCGUGCAGGUUCGGGAUCCUCCAGUCAACUGAGGAGUUUCGCCACAAUCGCCGUCUCUCGCCUCCUCUCCAAAUGACCUCACCCUCUCCCGCAAGUGCCGUGUUGAUGAUUUACACCCGGUCUCAGACUGUGUUUGGACAGAGCUGCACCUCCUGCAGCUCUGGACAGAACUGUAGCAGGGAAGUUUUCACACAUCUCAAAACCAGAUCCAAUUCAGUAUGUCUUGGUUUUUCUUCUGCAGGCGGUGCUUCUGAUUCUGCCAGUUUUAAAGUGCCUGAUGAGCAAAAUCAAUUGCAUCUGAUAUACAGUUUUUUAUUUUUUUUCAGGCUGUUAUUGUUCAGUUUGGCUGCCUGGUCUCACUGGGCAUGUUUCUCUUCCUGUAAUUAGUGAUGUAAUGAGUUUGACUGAAUGUCAGUGUCCUGAAUCACUGCAGCGCUACAGAAUGAAACUAAGGUGUGCCUUUAGAUUUAAUUUUAAGCCCUAUUAAGAGAAAUUACGCCAUUAAAGUUACAUUUAAAAAGCUCAUAAUCAUACGUCAAACUAUUGUCGUCUGCUAGGCUGCUGUAAGUCCACCAAUCAACACAUCAGAAAAGUGAUAUGCCUUCAAGUCUUUUUGUUUAAUUAAAUCACAGAAGGGGGAGUGAUACGAACUGUACACUACAACAUGAAGUUUUUUUUUCAGGAAAUUAAUUUCUCUAAUUAAUAUGCUAAUUUAAACAGAAAAAGGCAGAAAAUUAAUGAGAUCGUUGACAAUUUAGGGAAACCCUGUGGUGCUGGUAUGAAGCUUCCAUUAUGUGGUUAUUGUAGUAAGAAGACACGUGACACUGAUAAUACAGUGUGUGUGUUUGUGUUUGUGUGGUAUAUAGUACUGUAGAAAGGAAGUGUGCAGAAUGUACCAGCAGGUAGUGUUAGCUCUGCAGCUAAAGGUUUGAGAAGCAUCAAAUAUAAGGAAAAGGUGAAAUCAUCACUGUGAGGCAGCAGCAGCUUUCUUUGUGCUCCUCGGUGUAACUGAAGCUCCUGGUUUUCUGCUCCGUUGUCACCUUGCGUGUCCUACAGCAGUACUAUCAGUUUGUGUCAACAUAGUGAUAAAUCAUCUCAACUGUUCAGCUGCACUUGCCAACAAAUCUACACCCUCCUUACUAGGUAUUACUCUUUUCCUUUAAUUGUUUAAAACAACUGCACAGGUUACAGCUAUACAAUUUCAGGAUCUUAAACUGGAAAUAACUCCAUUCUGUCAUGUGAUUCCUUUUUAAAGCCGCAGUUCGCAGAGCUGUCUUGAACAUUUCUGAUGUAGUUUUACAUUUGUUUAUUUCACUGUUCAAUGGGGUACAAACUCAUGAAGUGGAAGUUCUGAUGUAAUUCUCUUUGACUCUCUGAGUGAAGACAGUGGAAAUGUUUGUGGUUUCCUCUCAGUUUCAACAGCAGUUUCUGUAGAGGUAGCCAGAGGUGGGGGGGGUUUAAAGUCCGCAGCCUCUCACUGUUGGACAAACAAACAAACCACUGAAUGUGUGUUCUUUCAUGCAUGUACCUCCUUCCAACGUGUUUGUGCCUGUAACUUUGCAUGACAAUGUCUCAUUCCUUACACGAGCCAGCUGGUCACAGAGAGUCUUGUGCCAUAAACUUAAAUCCAAACGGUUAUAGAGAGACGUGGAGGACGUCCUGAGGUAAUAGUGAUGGGCAGUUGCGUCUUUAACAUUGUCACAGUUAAAAGUGAACUGAUGUAGCUCAAACAAGAACAUUUUAUGUGCCUUGGUACGCCAAAGCAAUAGAAACACCUUUUCUUAUUAAGAUGUAGCAGAAUGAAUUGAUGAUGUAGCUGAUCAUAUUGUUGGAGCAACACCGCAACAAACUGCCCCAUCAAAGACAUUUUAGUAUGUAAAAAUAUGAGAAAUGCAGUAGUUAAAGACAAAAGAUGAAUCACAAACAUGCAACUUCAAAGGCGCUCUAUAAGAUCUUAUGCUCAGUGUGCGGCAGAUAUCAGGGAGAUAAUGUUUCUUAACUCUACAGCACAGUGCUCUUCUUGAAUUGUCUAAAAAUACUCAUUGUUCCUUCUCCGGUUUCAAAUUGUUAGGUUGUCUUUCUUCACACUGAGGACAAGUUACUUCACUGUCCAGAACAACCAUAAUUUGUUCGAUUGUAUGAUUAAUGUCUUUAGUUUCACUCUGCUUUCGGCUCACGAUGCCUUACACUCUGGUUUGUUUUUAUAUGUACAGCUCUGACAGGCUCAGGAGAACAUCAGUACUGGGAGAUUUAAUACUAUCAAGCAGAUGCAGUUUGCUGACACGUUAGUCCACAAGCCACUGUUCUUAGGUACGAGCUCACUCUGUGGUCUCAGUGGCGUGUAGACAACGUGAAAGUGAAUGCGGCCCAGUUUGGGUCCAAUACAAGUUGUACACCAUGUUGGGUAUUUUUGCACCAGCAGUUCUUUUUAUUGCUUUCCUUACCAGUUGACUGUGAUAAUGAUUUUGAUGUGACGGUACUAUUUUCUCUGUCAAACAAUACAGGACCAAAAUGAUAA